CUGAUAUAUAUAGACAUACGUUAAUUACACACAAUUGUUAAAAAAAAAAAGAAAUAUUAAAACCAAAUAUAAUAUAUUACUUUACCUUUAUGUGAUUACAUAUACAUAUAUAUAGAUAGCGUUAGAGAUCAUUAUAGAAUUUUCCUAUCUAGCAAUAUUUUUUAGUCGAAGUGAUUUCAAAGAGCCCUCUAUCAAUGUAAACCAAUGUAAACGAUAGAAAAUUAAAAAUGGCCGAUGUUUUGUUUGUGUGCAGUGACAAUGUCGUGUUGGUUUGUUUAGUUAAUUUUCCUGUAUAAUUAUAUGUAUCGCUCGUGGAUAUUUCAGGGAAAAAAUGAACGCCACGAGUCUUUACGUAUCAACGUGUCGGCUAGUUUUACAAGCAGACGCUGACGAUCCAAAUUCAUGGACAGAUUUGUAUAGGCUAGUUCCAUAUUUGCGACAAAGCCUUAGUUGUACUGUGUGUUCAAAUUUAUUAAUCGAACCUCACACACCAACCGAAACUAAUUGUCAACAUCAUGUGUGUCGUGGGUGCAGAGGUGGACGUAAAAAACUUAAACCUUCGUGCGGUUGGUGCAAGGAUUAUGACAGAUACGUCGAAAACGUUCAAUUACGAAUAUUGUUACAGUGUUAUAAAAAGCUGUGUGAAUACUUGACAAACACAAACAUCUAUCGGAGUUUAAUACUUUCAGUGUCUUCCAAUAAAACAAGUAAUAGUGCAUCGACUAUUGGUGUCACGAGCCUCAUGGAACUUAUACAGGAAGGUUCUGGAUUUAAAGACGAAUUUAAAAGUACUGCUGGUUUGUCAAAAUCUGCAUACAGUAUUUUACCAUGUAUUUAUACGAGUACAACCUCCACUCAGACGCAAGGGAACGCUAUGCAAAAUUCUGAAACGAUAUCGCAAAGUAUAUCGGGUAUGAUACAUUAAUCUUUUAUAUAGAGGAUAUUUAUAUUAUAAUUUUAAACAUGUAAAGUACGACAUUUAAAUAAGACAUUUUUUCUUAAAAGAAUUUAUAAUCGUUAAGAAAUCUAAUCUUUCUUAAGAUCUUUCUUUUUGUUAUUAUUUUUGAAUAGGUUUGUAUAUCCUAUUUUAUACACUUUAAUG